AAAAAUCACUUAUUGACCAUUCCCAGGGAAUAUUCAGUUCAUCAGAGCAGGAUUCUAUAGUUCUGCAUUUUGAGUGAGAGCCUGAAUCUAGGGCACCAAAGCGACAUACCCCCAAUUCAUAAACUUAUGUAAUUUUAUGCCUAACCUGUGGUUUCCUGUCAUUUAAUUGGCGACUGUUCUGAUUAGUAACAAUUGCUUUUCUGUUUCCAUGUGUUCCAUGUGUCAAAUUACAUAGUUCUACUGUAAUAUAAGUUCAAACUUUUGUUGCAAUUUGCAAAUAGUAUGCAGUUCUUGUGAGAGGAAAACGAAAUUCUCUCCCAAGUCCCAAAGCAUGAGCACGUAUAUGCAUAUAUGGGUGGGAUGUGAAGGGUUGACAAAAAAAAUGGGUUUCGUAAGGGGGUGAAGCCAAACGAGGCCCGAAUUGGUUUUUGCCCUGUUACCAAUUCACUGGAAGAAAUAAAAAUAAGUGGAAAUAUAUAGGGGAGGAUGUAGCCUGCAAUAAACAAAUAGCACUCCCUCAUGUCAACCAGCAACCCAUUUGCAAAAUUAACCCACUCUGAUCUUAGGAAGAAAUAAAACAUCAUCAAAAACAACAUCUUGUACAAGAAUCGGGAAUUUUAGACGAUCAAAAAAUAAAAUCUAUUACCCCUGUCAUCACAACUGUAUUAACCAAGAACAAGUGUGUGAAGGAGGGGAAGCCUUGGAAUUCAAUAUGUUGAUCAGCAACAAGGAAUCAUUCUCGACCAAGGUUUAAAAUAUUGAUAUGUUUUAGGAGUAUUCAAAAGACAAAAAUUUCCUCAUUUCUUACGUUAUGCCAAAACAAGGCCCGUUUUUUGAUGAACUAGGCUGAAGCCUUUCUUAUGAACCAGGAUGAAGUGGAGGCACCCUCAUCGUAAGAUGAGGCGAGUUUGAAACACACGUCCCCAACCGCUCCUAUGUAGACAUGAACAGAAUAUGGAAGAGAGCGAUCAACCACCUAGYAGAAAACCAGUCAUCUCUACUCAGGCUUGGAGGGCUAGAAGAAGCUAUGCAGUUCCUCCAGUCAAAACACAUUCCCUUAAAUUCCACUUCGUACUCAUCAAUUWUGCAGCUCUGUAUUGAUUCAAAGGCUGAGAAAGAAGGUCGAUUUCUUCACGACCAUCUUCUAAGAAAUGGGUUCAGCUCGGACCUGUAUUUGAGCACCAAAYUGAUAAUUUUYUAUGCGAAAAUAGGAGACAUGGAUGCUGCUUGCAAUGUAUUUGAUAAAAUGCCUAAAAAAAGUGUUGUGUCUUGGACUGCAAUUAUUUCGGGGUUUUCUCAAAAUGGGCCUUCAGAGAAGGCUCUGGAGGUAUUCUCCGAAAUGCAUCUUUCUGGUCUUAAGGCCAAUCAAUUCACUUAUGGAAGUGUUUUGAGGUCAUGCACGAAUAUGAUGUGYUUGGAAAAGGGGCAGCAGAUACAUGGUUGUAUUGUGAAGAGUAGAUUUAUUGAAAACUUAUUUGUACAGACUGCUUUAGUUGAUUUUUAUGCCAAGUGUGGAAGGAUAGAAGAUGCUAGGCUUUUGUUUGAGACGAUGUCACAGCGGGAUGUGGUUUCUUGGAAUGCGGUAAUUGCCGGAUUUGCUGUUCAGGGGCUUGCAGAUGAUUCCUUUGGUAUGUUUCGUUCAAUGCUSUGUGAAGGUGUUAUGCCUGACAACUUCACUUUUGGAAGUGUUCUAAGAGCUUGUGAUAGAGGUAAAGAUCUUAUGAAGGUUAACCGGAUUCAUGGUUUCAUUAUCCAACUGGGUUUUAGAUAUCAUGAAGUGGUGAUUGGAUCAUUGAUUGAUGCUUAUGCAAGAUGCGGAAGUGUGAGAAAUGCAAGGUUUCUUUAUGAUUCUAUGGCAGAAAAAGAUCUGAUCUCUUGUACUGCACUGAUAACUGGAUAUGCACGUGAGAGAUGUACCACUGAUGCCUUGGAUCUCUUUAAUGAAAUAAAUCGGAUGCACAUGAGAAUGGAUAAGGUCAUCCUUUGUUCCAUGUUUAAUAUAUGCGCUAAUAUAGCAUCCUUGAGCUUAUCAAGACAAUUUCAUGCCUUUGCUUUAAAGAAUCAACCCAACUAUGAUACAGCAAUGGGUAAUGCUCUCAUAGACAUGUAUGCUAAAUCAGGAGAAAUUGAAGAUGCUAACCAUGCUYUUGAGGAGAUGCAGGGAAAAAAUGUUAUUUCAUGGACUUCAUUGAUUGCUGGAUAUGGGAAACAUGGAUAUGGAGAAAAGGCUAUUACACUUUUUCAGAAGAUGGAAGGUAGUGAGCUGAAGCCUAAUGAUGUGACAUUUUUGGCUCUUCUCUUUGCUUGUAGCCAUAGUGGAUUGAUCAGUGAAGGAUAUCAAUUCUUUGAUUCUAUGGUUAACAAAUACAACAUUAAUCCUAGAGGUGAACAUUAUGCUUGCCUGGUUGACCUUUUUGCACGUGGAGGCCAGUUAGAAAAGGCUUAUGAUCUGGUGCUUAAGAUGAAUGUUACACCUAAUGCCUCACUUUGGGGUUCUAUUCUAGGGGCAUGCAGAAUAUAUGACAAUAUGUCUCUUGGUGAAGUGGCAGCGAGGCAUCUAUUUAAUUUAGCCCCCCAGGAUGCAGUCAACUAUGUCGUUCUAUCGAGUAUAUAUGCCAUAGCAGGUUCUUGGGAGGAUGCUUGGAAGACAAGGAAAGGGAUGAAAGAUAAAGGUAUAGAAAAGGAUCCAGGAUGCUGCAUUAUUCAAUGCACAAAAUAGGAAUUUGGAUUCUUCUAGAGGAGAAAUGAAGAAUAGAGUUGUUUCCAUCGAACAAUAUUCCUUGGAGAAUAUAAAGGAUUUAUGUGGCUCAAGCCAUGGAGGAUGCAUCCAAGGAGUAGUGAGAUGGCUUAAUUUAUUUCCUGUAUUCCAUGAGGAUGAUGAUCUUUUAAGGUUGAUCUGGUAGGAGGGUAAAUAUGUAUGAACAAUUUUAGAAUUAAAGGUCCAUCAAUUGCAUUGUGCCGUGACCAAGUAGCUGAGAUGGUCAUUUGGUGCCCCUCCUAAUACAAAACAUGAUAUCAAAUCAAACCUCCGUGACUGCAGGCUCUCUAUGGUAAGGUCUAUGCUUAUCAUUCGCAUGAAGCGCCACUGGAGAAGAAAAGAUUGAGAUUGGAUUACUGAGAAGCCCAAGAAUAACUACUGUCCUUGCUGCUGGGGGUCGUGGUGGCGGUGGCAUUGGCAGCUCCGGUGGUGGUAGGGGUGGUUCUCGAGGUGGUGAUUCUCAUGCAAGGAGCGCAGGUUUCUUUCCCUUGACUGGUGCGUUUUCUGUAGCAAUCAUAUUGGCCAUACUAUGAUAAUUUAGCUUAUAUAUUUGGAAUGUUACAUUAGAAGUGACAGAUUGAUUGAGAAUAUUUAUAGGUUAAUAACAAGGGUUGGUCAUUUACCAUCCUCUCCCUCUCAUAUUUCGGCCCCAACUGUAGUUUAAGCCAAGAACUUUUAAGGCGUCGUUUGUUUUUCAUUAUCUGGAUG